AUGAGUGAUUACUACUAUGCAGAAGCUAAUUCUUUAGUCGACGACGAUGUUUAUGAUGUUAUGGUCGAUGUUCUUAAAGAACGUGAUCCAAAUAACGCAUAUCUUUUUCAGACCGGAGUUGAAAAAACAACUGAUAAAGAUGUUGAACUCCCUUAUACAAUGCCAUCUUUAAGUAAAAUUAAACCGGGUGAUAAGACGUUUAGCAAAUGGUUUCAGACUUACAAAGGGCCAUACAUGAUAAUGGAUAAACUUGACGGGAUUAGCGUUCAAAUUUAUAAGGACGAUAGCGGAAAUAUCGACCUAUUUACCAAAAAACAAACAGGAAUGGGAACCUCAAAAAAACAUCUGUUAAAGUAUCUUGUUAGCAAAAAGACUUUGGCAAAAAUUCCAAAAGGGGUAUCAGUUAGAGGAGAAGUUGUAAUAUCCAAAGAGGACUUUAAGGGAAUUUUAGAACUAGAUCCAAAUCUUAAAAACCCGAGAUCCGCAAUGUCCGGAUUAGUUAACACCGACAAGAUUGAUGAGCGGAUUGCUAAAAAAGCUCAGUAUGUAACAUAUUCAAUAAUUUAUCCAAGAUAUGACAUUGUUGACCAAUUAACAAAAUUAAAAGAAUGGGGGUUUAAAACCGUAUGGCAUAAAUUACACGAUUUUAAUGACGAAAAAAUAGAAGUGUCAGAGGAAAAACUCAAAUAUAUUCUGACAAAAAGACGCGAGAAUUCAGAGUACUUGAUUGACGGCCUUGUUAUAACCGAUGGGAGUAAAAUUUACGAACAUACAAAUUCCGAACCAAAACAUUCGAUGGCUUUUAAAAUGAAUAAUAUGUUAGAAAUGAAAGACGCGACCAUUGAAGAAAUAAUAUGGGAACCAACAAUGUAUGGGUAUCUUCAACCUAUUAUCAGAAUUAAGCCAGUAAUUUUGUCAGGAAACACAAAAGUAACAUAUGUAACAGCACAUAAUGCUAAAAAUGUCCAAGAUAACAAACUCGGUAAAGGCGCUGUUAUAAAAAUUGUAAGAUCAGGUGAGGUUAUUCCAUCAAUUGUGUCUGUUGUUAAAUCUGCGAAAACCGCAUCAAUGCCUGAUAUUGAGUAUAAAUGGAAUAGUACUAAUGUUGAGAUAAUUGUUGUAAAUCCAUCGGAAGAAAUUCAAAGAUUAAUAGGAAUUAGGCAAAACCACCAUUUUUUCAGAAAGCUCGGUGUAAAGUUUUUAAGCGAGGGCAUCAUCACAAAAUUAUAUGAUGCCGGAUAUAAAACAAUUGUGUCAAUUGUCGCUGCCGCAUCAAAAAAAGACGCCAGCCUGUAUGAAAUUGCGGGAUUAGGUGAAAAAAGUGUUACCAGAAUAUAUGAUCAGACUGACAAAGCUUUUUCUGAAAUUAAACUUCCCGAACUAAUGUCGGGAUCCUUAAAGUUUGGUAGAGGUCUCGGUGUUAGAAAAAUUCGCGAAAUUAUCAAGAAGUAUCCAAAUAUUUUAAAAAUGAAAGAUGACAACGAAGACGACAUUUUAAAAAAAGUUUUAACUGUUCCCGGGUUUUCUCAGGUAUUGGCAAGCAAGUUUUCAAAAAACCUAAAACACUUUAGCGAAUUUUUAGACGAACUAAAAGAAAAUUGCGACUAUAAUCUUGACUUUUUACCAGAUAAAGACAAAAAAAAGGUCAUUAAACAAAAAAACACAUUUGAUAUGUCUAACGAGGUUAUUGUAAUGACAGGGUUUCGUAGCGACAAUAUAAUCGAGUUUAUCGAAAAAAACGGAGGGUCGGUGACAUCAGAUAUAAGUGGAAAAACAACCCUUGUAAUAUAUUUCGGCAACAAAAUUCAUUCCAAACUACAAAAAGCGCUAGACAAAGGAAUUGCUAUAAUGAAACUUGAGGAUUUUGAAAAAAAAUAUGGCAUAAAAGCAAAAGCCAAUAAUUAG